UGGUUGGCGAGCCAUUACAAAAUGUGGGAAGUCAACCGAGCAAAAUGUAAAACCCUAUGAAUUUCACGGCACCCCUCUUUAUUUAUUUAAAUAGCCAUUCACAAUUUAGCUCCCCCUAGUUCUCCGGGCGACUUUUUCUUGUUUUUGGUCCACGCUUCGCUUCCUCUAUCUUCUUCAUCAAGAAAUGCCGCCUCCUUCCAGGUCAAAUCAGCAACGACCCUUGUUAUAUUCAUUCUGAUCCCUUUUUAAGCUCGAAUUCUUUUAGCUCAUAACGACCCAACAUUGGGCAUUACGAGUUUUAGUUAAAAAAAAGUGGUGUUCAAGAUCGGAUCGCACUCCCAUAGUCAUGAUGCUUCCGCUCUUGAAGCUAGGAACGCUCGCUCUGAAGACCCUGAGCAAACCCGUUGCUAGUAGGCUCAAGCAGCAGGCUGCCAUUCACCCCAGGUUCAGUCAAUACAUCGUUAGGAUCGCCCAGGCUAACCAUAGAGUCACAACACAAAUGCAAAGGCGCAUCUAUGGCCAUGCAACAGAUGUUGAGAUUCGGCCUUUGAAUGAGGAAAAAGCAGUUCAAGCUGCCGUAGACCUUAUUGGAGAACUCUUUGUCUUCUCGGUUGCCGGAGUUCUCUUGAUCUUUGAGGUACAAAGAAGUGCAAGGUCUGAAGCAAGAAAGGAGGAGCGACGCAAGCAGGAGCUGGAGGCUGUGAGGCAAGGAAAUGAAGAAAUUGCGGAAGAAGUGGAACUUCUCAAGCACAAAAUUCAAGAACUGGAAAAACUGGCCAGGGGACAAGGACUCGGCGGAAUCCUGAAUUUUAGACUGGGCAGUACAGAAGAUGGAAAGACCGCAAAAGCUGCUUGACCUAUGAAUAUAGUUUGAGUCAAUAUUCUUUCGGGGUAAAUGUCAAAUUUACUUCCGGUUUGGGUUAUUCACACUUCAUGAUAU